AAAUAAAAUCAUUGAAUGAAGAGAAGUGAGAAAUAUGAAGACCCCAUUGAAGCCCUCCAGCUAUUUCCCAUCCCCACAUCUUACCUAUUUCCCUCUCCUUUUUGUAGCCAUUUUUUUCUAAAUCCAAACACUAAGACUGAGCUGAAAAAUAGCUUAGCAAAAACACAGAGCAAAUGGGUUUAACUCUUCUGCUUUUUCUUUUCUUCUCUGUCUUCUUAACUCCUUCUUUAUCACAGUACCAUUCGCCGCUAAAUACUGCUUAUUACCGGAGAUCAUGUCCAAGAUUUGAACAAAUUAUGCAAGAAACCACUACAAACAAACAGAUCACUUCACCUACUACCGCCGCCGCCACCCUCCGCCUCUUCUUCCACGACUGCUUCGUCGGUGGCUGCGACGCCUCCGUCCUCGUCUCCUCCACUCCUUUCAACAAAGCUGAACGUGACGCUGAAAUCAACCUUUCACUCCCCGGCGAUGGGUUCGAUGUAGUCGUACGCGCCAAAACGGCGCUUGAACUUGCUUGCCCCGGAGUUGUCUCUUGCUCCGACAUUCUCGCCGUCGCUACCCGGAAUCUCGUUGUUCAAACCGGAGGCCCGUUUUAUCCAGUUAAUUUGGGCCGUAAAGAUUCUUUUAUUUCAAAAGCUUCGUUGGUUGAAGGAAAUCUGCCCCGACCCACAAUGACGAUGGAUCAAAUCAUUAACAUUUUCGGGUCAAGAGGGUUUUCGGUACAGGAAAUGGUAGCAUUAUCCGGUGCUCACACAAUUGGGUUUUCACAUUGUAAAGAGUUCAGCUCAAAUCUUUACAAUUACAACAAAACUUCGCAAUAUGAUCCUUCUUACAACCCCAGAUUUGCUCAAGCUUUGAGAAAUGCUUGUAAUAAUUUCCAAAAAGAUCCAACAUUGUCAGUUUUUAACGAUGUAAUGAGUCCGAAUAAGUUCGACAACAAGUAUUACCAGAACUUACCUAAGGGUUUGGGUCUGUUGUCUUCGGACCGGGGUCUGUUUUCAGAUCCGACGACAAGAGUUCAUGUUGAAGAGUAUAUUAGAGAUCAAGAUGCAUUCUUUAAGGCGUUUGCUUCAGCAAUGCAGAAGCUAAGCGAUCAUGGUGUUAAAAUUGGGAGAAGAGGUGAGAUCAGGCACAGAUGUGAUGCUUUCAACAAUUAAACUACUUGAGGAGUGUUGAUUAUGUUACUGUACGUUCUAAUUUUGUUGGAUUUAAUCACUUACAAGAUGAAAGUAAAACUUAUAAUAUGUAUACACCAUGUUUUUUACUACCAUUUAUUUAGAUUAGAAAGCUCUUCUUUUGCUCUGCUUCAGUUCUGUUUUAGAACUACUACUACUACUACUUGUGAUUAGUGUGUGUUGAGAUGCAUCUAAGAGGCUGUUUGUUCAUCGAAUUUGAUUCAAUAAGAAAUGAAACCGUAAAUAAAGUUUGCAACUUUUUCUUC